AUGUCGCUUUCAAACUUUAGUCCGUCUUUCCCUCCAUAUCUUACAAAAGAAUUUUUUUUAAAAAAAAAAAGAAAUGGAGAGUAUCAAACUAAAGCGCCGAAUGCGUUCAUUAUAUUUCGAGCAUGUCUUGCGGCAGAAACAAAGGAUAAAAAGCUUCAAAUAGGUGACGCUACUAAAAUUUCUGCCCUUGCUAAAUGGCAUUGGAAAACGCUAGAUAAAGUUAAAAGAGAAGCCUACAUCAACAUUUCGUCCGGGUUAAAAGAACUUCCGUUUAUCGUUAAAACCUUGCCCAGGAAGCAGGAUUAUCAAAAGAAAAUAAAUGGAAAGGAUCAAAGUAAAGCACCGAAUGCGUUCCUUAUAUUUCGAGCAUGUGUCGUAGCAGAAAUAAAGGAUCGAAAGCUUCAGAUAAGAAAAAUUCCCACCGUUGCUAAAAAUCUGUGGAAAACGUUACCUGAAUAUCAAAAAAUUGCCUACAAAAAAAUUUCAUCCGGAUUACAAGAAUUUCAUUUAUCUAGAAUUUCUAAUCAUCAAGACGAAUCCUCGAAUUGUCAAGGAUAUCAACAAGGCGUUUCUAAUCAUCAAGGAUGUCAUCAAGACGAAUAUUUACAACAUUCUAAUCGUCAAGAAUAUCAACAAGGCGUUUCUAAUUAUCAAGGAUGUCAUCAAGACCAAUCCUUCCAACAUUCUAACCAAGACGCAUCCUUUCAAAAUUCUAGUCGUCUGGAAUAUGCUCAAAACUAUCAAGAAGAAUCCUUCCAAAAUUAUAAUCAUCAAAGCGUUUCGUAUCAUCAAGACGUUUCUAUUCGUCAAGAAUGUCAUCAAGAUGAAUCCUUCCAAAAUUCUAGUCAUCAGGAAUAUAAUCAAGUUACUUCUAAUUAUCAAGAGUGUCAAUCCUCCCAAAACUCUAGUUAUCAAGGAUAUCAUCAAGAAAUUUCUAAUCAUCAAGGAUAUCAACAAGGUGUUUUUAAUCAACAAGGAUGCCAUCAAGACGAAUCCUUCCAAAAUUCUAAUCAUCAGGAAUAUCAUCAAGGCGAAUCUUUCCAAAAUUCUAAUUGUCAAGGAUAUAAACAAGGAAGUCAUCAAGACGAAGCCUUCCAAAAUUCUAAUCAUCAGGAACAUCAUCAAGGCGAAUCUUUCCAAAAUUCCAAUUGUCAAGGAUAUCAACAAGAAGAUUCUAAUCAACAAGGAAGUCAUCAAGACGAAGUCUUCCAAAAUCCUAAUCAUGAAAGCAUUCCAAAUCAACAAGAAUGUCAUCAAGAUGAAUCUUUCCAAAAUUCUAAUAGUCAAGGUUCCCACCAAGGCCUUUCUAAUCACCAAACUUUUAAUCAUCAGGAAGAUCAUCAAGGAUAUUAUCAAGAUGCAUCCUUGCAAAAUUCUCGUCAUCAGGAAUAUUAUCAAGACCAUCAAGACGAAUCAUUCCAAACUUCUAAUCAUCAUGAAUAUCAUCAAGGCGAAUCUUUCCAAAAUUCCAAUUGUCAAGGAUAUCAACAAGAAGAUUCUAAUCAACAAGGAUGUCAUCAAGACGAAGCUUUCCAAAAUCCUAAUUAUCAAAGCAUUCCAAAUCAACAAGGAUGUCAUCAAGACGAAUCUUUUCAAAAUUCUAAUAGUCAAGGAUAUCACCAAGGCCUUUCUAAUCACCAAACUUCUAACCAUCAGGAAGAUUAUCAAGGAUAUUAUCAAGACGCAUCCUUGCAAAAUUCCCGUCAUCGGGAAUAUGAUCAAGACCAUCAAGACGAAUCCUUCCAAAAUUCUAAUCAUCAUGAAUAUCAAGGCGAAUCUUUCCAAAAUUCCAAUUGUCAAGGAUAUCAACAAGAUUCUAAUCAACAAGGAUGCCACCAAGACGAAGCCUUCCAAAAUCCUAAUCAUCAAAGCAUUCCAAAUCAACAAGGAUAUCAUCAAGACGAAUCUUUCCAAAAUUCUAAUAGUCAAAGAUACCACCAAGGCCUUUCUAAUCACCAAAAUUCUAAUUAUCAGGAAGAUCAUCAAGGGUAUUAUCAAGACGCAUCCUUUCAAAAUUCUCGUCAUCAGGAAUAUUAUCAAGACCAUCAAGACGAAUCCUUCCAAAAUUCUAAUCAAAGCGUUUCAAAUCAACAAGGAUGUCGUCAAGACGAAUUCUUCCAAAUUUCUAACCAUCAAGGAUAUCGUCAAGAUGAAUUGGACGUCUCUAAUCACCAAGAAUAUCAUCAAAACGAAUCCUUUCAAAAUUCUCGUCAUCUGGAAUAUGAUCAAGACCAUCAGGACGAAUACCUACAAAGUUCUAAUCAUCAAAGAGCUUCUAAUCAACAAGGAUGUCAUCAAGACGCGUCCUUUCAAAAUUCUAGUUAUUGA